AGCCCCCCGCAUUAUUUAUUCAUCCAUUCCCUCUUCGCAUGUUUUCUCGGCUCUUCAUUCUUUUUCCUUUCACAACGAGUGCUUUCUGGAGUCGCAGAGGAGCAAACACGGGCUCUCCUGGGUGCAGCAGCACGGCACCGCACCAGGACGUGCAAGGUCAGCUUGUUUUCACAAGAGAACCUGUAACCAUCAAUCACCGGGCCGGGCCGAACUGGGCUGGGCUGGGCUGGGCCAAAGCGGGCCGGCCGCGAUCACCCUCCACACCCAGCCGAGAUGUUUAUUAGCAGAAAGCCUUGGCUGGCGCCUUACAUAAUUAGCUGGAAGCCCCGCCUCCUGCCCUCCGUCACCACGUUAAAGGUCCGGGCACCAGCCGCUCCGCACUUUUGUUUUCUCCAAUUGUCCUACGUUAGAGUCGGAGAGUUCGGCGAACUUGACUAGAAUAAAGGCACUGGCCAGGACGGAGCAUCGAUUUCCAGUUUAGACAUGAUUUUGGAUUUUGGAGUGCGGAACUUGCGCGUCGUCUUCGACUCCCCGGAGCUGAAUUCGCCUCCCGUAUACAGCAGCGGGGAUGUGGUUUCGGGGAAGGUGCUGCUGGAGCUCACCGGGGAGACCAAGGUGCAUUCUCUGAAGCUGCACGCCGAGGGCUUCGCCAGGGUGCACUGGACCGAGUCCCGCAGUGCCGGGGCCAGCAGUGCUUAUACCCAGAACUACAGCGACGAGGUGGAGUACCUGAACCACCGGGAGGUGCUUCUGCAGGCAGAUAAUGGAGAUGUAACGGUGUUGCAGUCCGGCAAACACGAAUUCCCGUUCAGUUUCCAGCUGCCUGAAGAGACACUGGUGACCUCGUUCGAAGGCAAGUAUGGCAGCAUUCGCUACUGGGUGAAGGUGAAGUUGCAUCGACCCUGGGCCACUGUAAGAAAGGUUAAGAAGGAGUUCACUGUUAUAGAGCCUAUUGACAUCAACACUCCAGCCUUACUGGCCCCCCAGGCAGGGACCAAAGACAAGAUGGCACGCGUGUGGUACCGCAACUGUGGCCAGGUGUCUGUGACAGCUAAGAUCGACCGCAAAGGCUACACCCCUGGCGAGGUGAUCCCGGUCUUUGCGGAGUUUGACAACGGCUCAUCCCGCUGCGUGGAGCCCAAGGCGUUCAUCACCCAGACGCAGACCUUCAUCGCCCGGGGCACCAUGAAGCAGAAGCACUCUGUGGUCGUCACGCUGAGGGGUGACAGGGUGGGUCCCCGCUGCAGGGAGACCUGGCAUGGGCGGGCCAUCAAGAUCCCUCCCGUGGGUCCCUCUGUCCUGCAGUGCCGCAUAAUUAAAGUGGCAUACACGCUCAAGGUGUGUGUGAAUGUCCCCGGGACAUCCAAGCUGUGCCUCGACCUGCCGCUGGUCAUGGGCACCAUCCCGCUGCACCCCUUCGGCAGCCGCACCUCCAGCGUCAGCAGCCAGUGCAGCCUGAACCUGGAGUGGCUCCGCAUGGGCAUCCCCGAGCAGCCCGAGCCUCCCCCAGAUUACAGCGCCAUUGUUUCCGAUGAGGAGGCAGAGCAGAAUAUGGCCCCCCCAUCAGCCGAGGACGACUUCACCGGGGUCCUGCAGCGCCCCUACUUUGCUUACAUUCAGGAGUUUCGCUUCCGGCCUCCCCCAGUCUAUAGCGAGGUGGAUCCAAACCCUCAGUUUUCCAGCAUCCGCCGCCGCUGCAUGACGUGCUGAAGCAGCUCUGUCCGCCACUGUGGGAUGUGAUGGUCUGUUAGCAGUUUGAGACCCAUUUUCUCUGGGACUCUCCUCCGAGACUGAAGCAGAGUCCCAGGAUGGGAUGAGUGUGCUAUGGUGAGCACAAAGCCGGCGUGGGGACGUCCUCAGGAGAUGGGACAUCAAAUACAUGCCGGUCCCCUAGUCUUUGUCCCCAGCUCAGCUUCCGCCGUAGUCCUCAGGGUCGGCACAUCGUUCCAGCCGAUGACUACUGAGACUUGGUGGCAUGUCUGUACAUUUUGGGGACUUGAUAAAGAAGCCCUCAUGUAUGCUUUGGAAGAUAUGGAGGUGGAGGACAGACCCUGUAAACAUCUGCAGCUGAGCUGUUCAGCUAUUUUGCCCAACACAUGGGGUUGAGUCUGAAUGGUGCUCUGUGAAGCCGUCCUCCCGGCCUGCAAAUGUAUAUGUGCAAAACUGCAUUUUUUUUUAUGUGGAAAUGCAUAGAUCUGUUGCCUUCAGAUAAUCUUCAAAAUGAAGGGCUGCCUGCCUGCCUUAUUGACAUGAAUGGCAAAUGGUUCAUUUCAUGAUGGGUGUCAGGAAGGGCAAGUGUGGACAGCGGCAUGCAGGGUGCGUAGCUGCUUGAGUACAGGAUGCCUGUGGGUGUGUCCGUUUGUAAACGCUACAGGAGCAGAGGCUGAUGGAAACUGUGUAGGUGUUCAAAGGUCGCAGGAAGAAAGUGUGUGAAAGCAGAACUUGGACAAUCAUUAGAACGGCUGAACCAUGGGACUGAACAAAAAACAAGCCAAAGAGUCGCGUUAAGUUGCUGUUGGUGCUUCCCUGGUGCCGUCAGGCAACUCAUGCACGCAAAAAGCAUAUUGGUGCAGGGAUACAAACCACACGCUUUGUGCAUUCGAUCAAAUCCAGCUGCCUUUUGUCAUGCGGGAGUACUGUGAACCUGCCGUUACUCAACGGCACUUGCAGCUUCAGGUUGGAGAGGCUGUUUCAAAGGAGUUCGGUAUAGAACAUUCCAGGAACGCUUAAUUGUUUUUUCCAUUCAAAUGAUGAAAUGACACAUCCCUUUUGUGGUGCAUGGCAUUCGUCAUAAAAAUGCAUUAAUAAUAGAAAAUUGCUUUUCAAUUUUUACAAAAAAUCCUUUUGUAAUAAACUGAUUCAAAGUUA